AGAUAGAAUAUCAGAAAGAGGAGGAAGAAGAAAUGGACAUGAUCAGCAUGUUGCCUGUGGAGUGCAUCUCCCUCAUCAUUUCCUUUACAUCACCGCGCGAUGCCUGCAGAUCAUCAGUGGUCUCGCCUGUCUUGAGAAUAGCUGGGGAUUCUGAUUUUGUCUGGGAGAGGUUUCUCCCUCGGGAUUAUAAGCAAAUCGUUUCACAGUCUUCUUCGUCAUCGAUAUUGAAUUCCAUGUCCAAGAAGGAUCUCUACUUUCAUCUCUGCAGUCACCCCAUCAUCAUAAGCAAUGGUAACAUGAGCUUUGCACUAGAAAAGCAGAGCGGCAAGAAGUGUUAUAUGGUACGCGCUAGAGGGCUUGCAAUUGCAUGGGCAAAUACACCCACCUAUUGGCAGUGGAUAGCUUCAUCGAACUCCAGGUUUGCUGAAGUGGCUGAGCUCAAACUUGUAUGGUGGCUGGACAUCAAGGCAUGCAUAGAGACUAAGAAUUUAUCCCGAGGAACAACCUAUGCAGCUUACCUAGUGUAUCAGCUUUCACAACACAGAUAUGGAUUUGAAUCACCUCUUGUGUCACGUAUCAGUUAUCAACAAAGUGAAGUUGGGACUGUGCAUAGUGUGAUCCUAGACCCUACGCCUGCGCGAGCUCGAAACAGAAGAGAUGGGUGGAUAGAGGUUGAGAUUGGUGAAUUUUUCAUAGAAGAGGGAGACGACGACGAUGAUGGUGAUGUUAUAGAGUGCAGCGUAAAAGAAGUCAGCUAUUCUAAGCGUGGCCUCAUCGUUGAAGGUAUUGAGGUGAGGCCUAAAGAGAUACUGCUCAAUGUUCCUUAGUUUUUUCAUAGAGAGCCAGAAAAAUGUAACAGGAAUAGGUGAGAUCCUAAAACGUGAGCAUGGCCCUUUAUUUGGUUAGAGAAUGUAUGUUUUUGGCAUAUGAAUUGUACUGCAUACGAUAUUUUAUGUUACCUCACCUCAUCUAUCGAUAUUAAAACCGCAUCAAAAAAGCAGAUAAUUUGGUACUA